AUGGCAUCGCUCUCCGCUUCAGCCGAGCGGAUCGCGAAGAAAAGCUCGGAGGAAUCCGAGACUUCUAUUUCAUCUACGGCAUCAGUCAUCGAUGCCAGCAAUCCCUUCCGACUGGGAUUUCCUGCGCCCUUGCCAGCUCUUCCGGUCGGCCAUUCCUCCUGCGAUGAAAAAUUUCCUGUAAGCUAUGACGACAUCAUUCGGGAGGUCACUUCUCUGCUCAAACGGUGGGAUAUUAGUUGGGUGUCGGUUGUUGUGGUGUCUCGCCGUGCCUCCGCUAUUGUUUCCGACAAGCGACCCACCAUCAUAAUCACGGCCCAAGCGGUGAAAGACGACUCCUGGUACCUUUUUGUGAAGGACACCCAAGAAUAUCUGCUAAAAUCCUCUUUGGAUAAAGUUUGCGUGGAGAUCCACGAUCCCGAUGGCUUGAAGAUUCCUGCCCACUUUCCCAUCGAACCCGAACAUCCGAUUGUAUCAGUCUGGCAGAAGCUCCAGAAAGAUAUCAUCACGGUUCUAACCCCUCUAUGCUGGUACAGCUUGUCGGUGGUUCGGCGGGGUUAUGAUAACAAUGCUCAAUCGAAUCCAGUUACGAUUAUCAUUACAUCGAAGUAUCCUUCUGAGCUAUCACAUACGAAGCGGACAAUUCAGCUCCGGUGUCAACAAUACAAUCUGGACAGAAUCGAGGAGACAGGGUUGACCCCAGACCAUGCUGCAAGUCUCAACGUGGGCCUUGUUUCUCCGUCAAACUUUGACGCAAAUUUCAAACGGGAAAUCAUAGAAAAUGCUCUGGAUUCGGUUAGGAGACAUGUUGAAGAACUUCAGGAGCAACAAGGGACGGAAUAUUUGAAUGAUAAACAGGAGAGGGCCCUCUCAAAGCUCCAAGCCAGCAUGGAUGCCGUUAACCUCGAAGCUCAAGCCCUCAACAACCUCAAUAGAGCCACAGGAACAGUGUGGGCUGGCUCUGGUUUUCGUUCCAGCAAUGGUUUUGGAAUGGAUUGGGCCCUGGUCUCUCUCCCAAAUUCUAGGUCGUUCCUGAACAAGUUACCUACGUCUAAGGGACUGGCCGCUCUUCCCCCUUAUAUUCACCCAACGCUGCUCUUCCCGGACUCGAGAAAGGUCGAGGAGUGCGGACCUUGUGAGAAGGGAGCAAUAGUCUUUAAAAGUGGCAGAACAACAGGUUUGACAUCGGGAACAUUAAGCCAUGUCGACACUACGGUGAAUUUCAAUGGUCGCACGGUAUCCGCGUGGCAUGUUAUCGGGAUCAAUAACGUACCAUUUUGCGAUAGCGGUGACUCAGGCUCUUGGCUAAUUGAUGAAAAUGGCAAGUGGGUUGGCUUACUAUUCGCGUGUCCGUUCCCAAGCUACACCGGAGACGGAUACGCCAUUCCCGCACUCGAGUUGAUAAAGGACAUCGAAGCACUUGUUGGAGGAAGGGUCGAAAUACCAAUUGAUUAG